GCGAGAAUCCGUAGUCGACAGCUCAAAGAAAAGAAAAUAUAAAAGUUCUUCGCUCGCGAAUUGCAUCUUGGACUGAUAAGUCCAGAGUACGCAGAACUAAAAUUGUUUGUUUUAUUUUUUCGGAAAACGCGUCGGCCUCUCUCGAUCUGCGGAACCUUCUCUUGCUCUACGAGCCCCUUUGAGGUGCGGUAAGCGAUUCGCUUUGUCCGUAUAUAGUCCGUAUAUAAAAGGACAUUCAAAAAUCGGUGACUGUUGACAACUGUUGCAACUGCAACUGCAAUUGUAAAUGAACUUGCAAAAACAAAAAAUCAAACAAAAUAUGGCCGACACGGAGAUCAUUGUGACCAAUGCCGGGGAGCCGUCGACGAAGGCCAGUCUGAUCGUUGUCUCCAAUCGAUUGCCAUUUGUCUUAACGCGCAAUCCCAAAACCAAAGAGCUGGAACGCAAAGCCAGUGCUGGCGGUCUUGUUACGGCCGUCUGUCCGGUGGUUAUCAAGGGCAGUGGUCUCUGGGUGGGCUGGUCUGGCAUCCACUUGGAGGAUCCCAAUGAGGCGAUACCCGAAUCGAAUCCCUACGAUCAGACGCCAACAGCUGGCCUCAAAUCCGAUCAGGUCGUGUCGGUGAACAUCGAUUCAAAGAUCUUUGAUAGCUACUACAAUGGCUGCUGCAAUAAGAUCUUCUGGCCUUUGUUCCACUCGAUGCCGGGACGCGCCAAUUUUGGUGGCGAGCAUUGGCGCGAUUAUGUGACGGUUAAUAAGUUUUUCGCCGUGCGCACAAUUGAGGCACUGGAGAAGUGCCUGGCUAAGAAUAAUGGCAGCGACAAGAAUCCACCAAUUGUGUGGAUACACGACUAUCAUCUAAUGUUGGCCGCCAACUGGGUGCGUGAGCAUGCUGAGGAGAAGAAUCUACCAUGUCGUUUGGCCUUCUUCCUGCACAUACCCUUCCCGCCGUGGGACAUCUUCCGGCUAUUGCCGUGGUCCGAUGAGAUAUUGCAGGGCAUGCUCGGCUGUGAUCUGGUUGGUUUUCACAUUCAGGACUAUUGCCUGAACUUUGUGGACUGCUGUCAGCGUACGCUCGGUUGUCGCGUCGAUCGCAACAAUCUGCUGGUGGAGCACGGUGGACGCACCGUUCGCGUUCGACCGCUGCCCAUUGGGAUACCCUACGAGCGGUUUGUCAAUCUGGCACAGAAUGCGCCCAAAGUGCUAAAGACGUCCAAACAACAGAUCAUCUUGGGUGUGGACCGUUUGGAUUACACGAAGGGUUUGGUGCAUCGCCUGAUGGCAUUUGAGGCACUGCUACUGAAGUAUCCGCAGCACAAGGAGAAGGUUAGUCUGCUGCAGAUUUCGGUGCCGUCGCGCACCGAUGUCAAGGAAUAUCGUGAGCUGAAGGAGGAGGUGGAUCAGCUGGUCGGACGGAUUAAUGGACGCUUCACCACGGCUAACUGGGCGCCCAUUCGCUACAUCUAUGACUAUGUCAGUCAGGAUGAGCUCGCGGCGCUCUAUCGGGAUGCGGCCGUGUGUCUGGUGACGCCCCUUCGGGACGGCAUGAAUCUGGUGGCCAAGGAGUUUGUCGCCUGCCAGAUCAAUGAGGUGCCCGGCGUUCUGGUCAUCUCACCCUUUGCCGGUGCCGGCGAAAUGAUGCACGAGGCGCUGCUCUGCAAUCCGUACGAGGUAAAUGAGGCCGCCGAGGUCAUUCAUCGUGCUCUGACCAUGCCCGAGGAUGAGCGCAUCCUGCGCAUGGCGCGACUCCGUCGUCGCGAGGCCGAGUGCGAUGUCAGCCACUGGAUGCGCUGUUUCCUCAAGGCAGUGGGUGCUCUCGAGAUGGACGACGUCGGAACCACCAUCAUGCAACCCGUCUCCGUAGACGACUUUGAUGACUACUUACUGAAAUACAUCGGCUAUAAUCACAAGCUGGCGUUAUUGCUGGACUAUGAUGGCACUCUGGCGCCGAUUGCGCCGCAUCCGGAUUUGGCCACUCUUCCGCCGGAGAUUAAGAACGUGCUCUUCAAGCUCUCCAAUCACUCGGAUGUGUAUGUGGCCGUCAUUUCGGGUCGCAACGUGGACAAUGUGAAGAAAAUGGUCGGCAUCGAGGGCAUCACCUAUGCGGGAAACCAUGGCUUAGAGAUUCUCCAUCCCGAUGGCAGUAAAUUUGUGCAUCCCAUGCCUAUCGAGUAUGAGGACAAGGUCAGUCAUCUGCUCAAAGCGCUGCAGGAUUCAGUGUGCCGUGACGGCGCCUGGGUCGAAAACAAAGGUGCUCUGCUCACCUUUCACUAUCGAGAGACGCCGACGCAGCUGCGUCCCGCAAUGGUCGAAAAGGCGCGCAGCCUGAUCGAGAAAUACGGUUUCCGGGCAACGGAAGCACAUUGUGCGCUCGAGGCCCGUCCACCGGUACAGUGGAACAAGGGUCGUGCCUCCAUUUAUAUAUUGCGCACAUCGUUUGGCGUCGACUGGAAUGAGCGCAUCAAGAUUAUCUACGUGGGCGACGAUCUAACCGAUGAGGAUGCCAUGGUGGCUCUUAAAGGCAUGGCGCGCACGUUCCGUGUGACUACGUCGGAUAUUGUGAAAACCGCUGCCGAUCAUCGUUUGCCCUCGACUGAUUCCGUUUACACGCUGCUCAAGUGGGUGGAACGGCAUUUUAUGGGACGCAAGGCGCGGGCCAAUUCGCUGACGUAUCGCCCCACCAAGGGCGAUGGCGUCCAAAUGCAAAUGUCCCUCGAGGUGGCCUCGGCGGCAAAUAGCCUGGACGUGUAGUUCCGCUUAGUCAGCCAAAAACAAACACACUCGAUACAUAUGUAAUUUGUAAGAUCUUAAGAAUAAAAUAAACAAAAAUUGA